UUCUUUAACAUUGACCGUUCACUUGCCAUCCAGCCCAACGGGCGCGCAGGCUCCAGUGGCAAGCCAACGCGCGACUUGCGCGCUGUGUUGUAUAACAUUUUGUGAGUGACGUGAUCUGUGCUUUUUCGUAAGCGAAUGGAACAGUACUUGCUCUCGUUAAGAGCUGAGAUGCGCGGCUGAAUCAAAAUGGCUAUAUUAACAACAGUCUCAGCAGCUGCAAAAGCAGCGCUGACUAUAGGGGGGAUAAGCAAGCUGACAUUCAUACCGCUCAUGUUGGCAGCCAUGGCCUACUUCAACUACGACCUACUCGACCCAGAGAAUAGGCCCUUCAACCAAAAAUACCUCAGGGAGGAGUACGAUUUCAUCAUCGUAGGAGGAGGUUCCGCUGGAUCGGUUUUGGCGAAUAGACUGUCAGAAAUCGAAAGCUGGAACGUGUUAUUGCUGGAAGCGGGAGGACAUGAAACUGAUAUUAGCGAUGUACCGCUAUUAUCUUUGUAUCUUCACAAAAGCAAACUGGAUUGGAAAUACAGGACUGAAUCACAAGACUCCGCUUGUCAAGCCAUGAUAGAUAAACGCUGCAGUUGGACCAAAGGAAAAGUUCUUGGCGGAUCAUCUGUUCUAAACACCAUGCUUUAUAUACGAGGCAACAAACGAGAUUUCGACCAUUGGGAAUCACUUGGCAAUCCUGGUUGGGGAUACGAGGAUGUCUUGCCGUAUUUCAAAAAGUCGGAAGACCAAAGAAAUCCCUAUUUAGCCAAAGACACGAAAUACCACUCAGUCGGAGGAUAUUUGACAGUGCAAGAUGCUCCUUACAAUACGCCAAUCGGAGCAGCGUUUUUACAAGCUGGCGAAGAAAUCGGCUACGACAUAAUAGAUAUAAAUGGAGAUCAACAAACAGGAUACGCUUGGUAUCAAUUCACCAUGCGAAGAGGAACCAGGUGUUCAACAGCAAAGGCUUUCCUUAGGCCUGUUCGAUUACGACAAAAUCUGCAUAUUUCUCUGUUCUCUCACGUUACUAAAGUUUUGAUAGAUCCAGAGAAAAAGCGAGCUUAUGGUGUUGAAUUUAUAAGAGACACUGAAAAACAAGUUAUUUAUGCAAAACGGGAAGUUAUAUUAGCAGCCGGCGCAAUAGCGUCACCACAUUUGCUUAUGCUUUCAGGAGUCGGACCAGCGCGUCAUUUAGAAGAAGUGGGCAUUAAUGUUAUUCACGAUUCUCCUGGUGUAGGGAGAAAUUUGCAAGAUCACAUUGCUGUCGGUGGAAUUGUUUUCCAAGUCGAUUAUCCUAUCAGUUUAGUUAUGAAUAGACUUGUGAAUAUUAAUUCUGCAUUACGUUAUGCUGUAACGGAAGACGGCCCUUUAACUUCUAGUAUCGGUUUAGAGGUUGUAGCAUUUAUAAACACAAAAUAUGCAAACGCAACAGAAGACUGGCCUGAUAUAGAGUUCAUGAUGACAUCAGCUUCGAUACCCUCGGACGGUGGCACUCAAGUUAAAAAGGCACACAGUAUUACAGAUGAAUUUUACGAGGAAAUGUUUGGUCAUCUUACAAACAAAGACGUUUUUGGUAUUUUCCCCAUGAUGCUUCGACCUAAAAGCCGCGGCUUUAUCAAGUUGAGGUCAAAAAAUCCUUUAGAAUAUCCUAUCAUGAUUCACAACUACUUAACACAUCCAGAUGACGUUGGUGUCUUAAGAGAAGGUGUCAAAGCAGCCUUAGCAGUUGGAGAAACAAAAGCUAUGAAACGUUUAGGGGCCAAAUUCAAUAGCAAACCUAUUCCGAAUUGCAAACAUUUGCCUCUUUAUACAGAUGAGUACUGGGAUUGUUACAUUAGGCAAUAUACUAUGACAAUAUACCAUUUGUCUUGUACUGCAAAGAUGGGACCAUCUAGUGAUCCUAUGGCAGUAGUGGAUCCGCAACUGAAAGUUCAUGGGAUUGAGGGACUACGCGUAAUAGACGCAAGUAUUAUGCCAGCCGUCACAAAUGGUAAUAUUAAUGCUCCAGUUAUCAUGAUUGGAGAAAAAGGAAGCGACUUAAUAAAAGAAACAUGGUUACCAAAAACAAAUAAAAGAAAACGAAGAUCUUUAAAAUGUUUUAAACUGGAGCAGUUUCUUACUAGAACAAUUAAUACUAAAUGUAUAGUUGAUAGAUAAUGACAAAGAGGAAAAAAAUAUUAUUUUAAAAUGGCCAUAGCAUAUUGAUGAUUUUGCUCACAAAUCAUAACAUUGAUAAAUGAUACCUGUAAUAUUUCUAGUCGUUAAAUAUACAUCACAGUAGGUACCUCAAGUCCUAUAAAAUACACUUAUACUAACUUAAGUGAUGUGAAUGGUAAAAGGCAAGGGAUAUAAGGAAAAAUAGUGUAAUUUUGUAUAUAUUCGUAUAAGUGUAUAAAUAAAAAUAUGUAGUUAUCUGCAAGGUGUUCGAAGUGACAAAUACUAGUUUAGACUUAUUUUUAAAAUGUACAUAUUAGGUUUACGUAAAUACAAUAUAAAUACGUAGAGGUAA